AUGGAUGAUUACAUAGCCACAAAAGUUAGCGUUUCUGUAAGAAAUGCUAUCAGCGUUAAUUCUACCAAAAGCCAUCAGCUUGAAAAGCAGGUCAGAAACUUAGAGGCCGAAAGAGAUAUGCGUCUGUUAAAUUUGCAAAUGAAGAAAGACGAAAUGUUUCUCAGCUCCCCGACUUCUCAGCGGAGGAAGAUUCUGGUCAAGUCUCCAAGCACUACUGACGGCAUAAGAGCCGGAACACCAUCUUCACAACAAGAGAUUUUAGAUCUAAACACAGGUUUAAGCAAAGAAGACGAAGUUACUAGGCUUCAAAAAGCCCACAGUCUUCCACCACUGUAUUUAGAUCGAGCUGGGAUUGUGGCGACGCCACCGCGGACUAGGAAAGCUAGAAAUCUUCACCCUGGAUCUUCCCUGAUCCCUGCUUCUCCCUCCCGUCUCGUGGAAUCACCGAAACCGGAACACAAACUUUUAACAAGACAGUCGAGUUCUCCGCAAAUGCUGUCAGGCUCUAAUUCAACAACAAACGUGAACGAAGCACGGCGUGAAGAAAAUUUGGAAAGUAAACAACAGUUUUCACCCGGGUUACAGCGAGCAAAUCUUGUCGAUUCAUCUGUCCCGUUGAAUUCACCUACCAGCCCGAAAGCUUUUAACUUUGAUCUACCGAAUAAUCUUUCUCAGAUCCCUCGACGACCUGCUACGGCUGCUUCUGUCAGAGAUAGCGCUAGCAACAGUGGCGAAGUUCAUCGAGGGUUGAUAUUGCUGCCUGUUUCUUCAUCGAAAGAGCAAACAAAGAAUAGGGAACAGAAAAAGGCCAGCGUUUUUAAUCGGCUUUAUUCCAGUACUAAGAAACGGGAUCGAAAACGGAUAGGCUCGGAUGAUGCAGCGCCUCAAGCACUCCAUCUUCCGAAAGGGAAAUUGAAUGCGAAGUUAGAAACGAGACGACGGUCGGUAUCGCUGUCAGAUUUAUCCGAAAUCUGCGACAAACUGAAAACGUGUCGUUAUUUGAGAUCGAAUAGUCAAAAUGAAGACUUCUAA